CACACGACGGUGUUGCUCGGUAGUGGCUCUUAAAUUUCCCUAUGCUUGUGGUGUGAUCGUCUACGCGAGACUGAUUUUGCCUCCACGCCGGCUUGUAUAGAUUUGCUUCAAUGAUCUGAAAUUAAGUUAAUGUGUGGGAGAUGCUGUGGAGGGAUGUACCGGUGCGCAAAGGGAGUCUCCAUCCUUCUCUCCACAGAGUAGAAACUGGAUAUGUAGUCACAGCUUCAGGGGUGUUCCCAGCAUAUGCGCCUCGGAAGUUGAGGCAUUCAAGUGAUUCGCUACUUUAAACCUCCGUAAAAGCCUCAUAGAUGCAAUUUCUCUGCGCGACUUCAUGGAUUUGGUUCGUUGAGGACCAUCUGAAGAACAGACAUGGCAGUGCCAAAUAUGGUGUUUUCUGACGUGGAAAGUUUUCUGGACUCGCAUCCCGAGUUAUUCGAGGACUACCUGAACAGAAAGGGGAACCAUAGCAUGGUGGAGAAAUGGCUCAAGAAUCACCGGGCGAGCAAAAGUCCGGCGGCUGCAGCUCCCGCCGAGCCGAGGGAGGAGAAGAGCAACGCGUGUAAAGACAGCUGGGCGAGCAAAUGUGACGGUCUGCAGCGGAGAGCCUCGCAGAAGGAGCUGCGCAAAACUUUUGCCAGAUCAAAGGCCAUCAACGUCAACAGGACAUACGACGAACAUGUUAAUUCCAGGGCCCAGGAGCCGCUUACGAGCAUGAGGAGGAGAGCUCUGCUGAGGAAAGCGAGCUCUCUGCCCCCGACCACUGCGCACAUACUGAGCGCGCUGCUGGAGUCCAGGGUCAACAUCCCCCAGUACCCGUCCACAGCCGUGGAUUUUAAAUAUUACCUCAAAGAACAUAGCGAAAGAGAGUUUUUCCUGGAGCUCGUAAAAGACAUUUCUAACGACUUGGAUCUAACGAGUCUCAGCUACAAAAUCCUCGUGUUUGUUUGUAUUAUGGUCGAUGCGGACCGGUGCUCUCUAUUUUUGGUGGAGGGAACAGGCAACAAGAAAACACUAGUGUCCAAAUUCUUUGACGUGCACGCAGGAACCACAGUUUUGCCUUCAAUGAAUUCAGACGAAGUUCAGGUUCCGUGGGGGAAAGGAAUCAUUGGAUAUGUGGCUGAACAUGGAGAGACAGUGAACAUUCCUGACGCUUAUCAGGAUCGUCGCUUCAGUGAUGAAAUUGACAAGCUGACAGGGUACAAAACCAAGUCGCUCUUGUGCAUGCCCAUCCGCAACAGUGACGGCGAGAUCAUUGGAGUUGCUCAGGCCAUCAACAAGACUUCAAGUGGAGAACUCUUCACUGAAGAUGAUGAAAAGGUGCUGCAGAUGUACCUGCCAUUCUGUGGUAUUGCGAUCUCCAAUGCCCAACUCUUUGCCGCCUCAAGGAAGGAGUACGACAGGAGUCGGGCACUCUUGGAGGUAGUCAAUGACCUAUUUGAAGAGCAGACUGACCUGGAGAAGAUUGUCAGGAAGAUCAUGCACCGUGCCCAGACAUUACUUAAGUGCGAGCGCUGCUCUGUUCAAUUGCUGGAGGACAUUGAGUCACCGGUGGUGAAGUUCACAAAGUCCUUUGAGCUGCUGUCCCCUAAGUGUAGUGCAGACACUGAAAGCAGUUUCAAAGACAGUAUGGAGAAAUCAUCUUACUCAGACUGGCUCAUCAACAACAGUAUUGCAGAGCUUGUAGCGUCCACAGGACUACCAGUGAACAUUAGUGAUGCCUAUCAGGAUCCUCGCUUUGAUGCCGAGGCGGACCAGUUCUCAGACUUCCACAUCCGCUCUGUGCUUUGUGUUCCCAUAUGGAACAGCAACCAUCGUGUAACAGGCGUUGCUCAAGUGCUGAACAGGCUGGAUGGGAAACCAUUUGAUGAUGCAGACCAGCGUCUCUUUGAGGCAUUUGUGAUCUUUUGUGGACUGGGCAUCAACAACACCAUCAUGUACGACCAGGUGAAGAAGUCUUGGGCCAAGCAAUCUGUGGCUUUAGAUGUUCUGUCUUACCAUGCCACUUGCUCCAAGACUGAAGUUGACAAAUUCAAGGCUGCUAACAUCCCCCUGGUUUGCGAGCUGGGCAUUGAUAAGCUGUCCUUUGACGAUUUCUCUCUGGACGUUGAUGCCAUGAUAACGGCCGCUCUGAGGAUGUUUAUGGAGCUGGGCAUGGUGCAGAAAUUCAAGAUUGACUAUGAGACACUGUGCAGAUGGCUGCUGACUGUCAGAAAAAACUACAGAAUGGUCCUCUACCACAACUGGAGACAUGCCUUCAACGUCUGCCAGUGCAUGUUUGCCAUGCUAACGACGGCAGGCUUCCAGGAGACGCUGACAGAGGUGGAGAUCUUAGCACUUAUUGUAGGCUGUGUGUGCCAUGACUUGGACCACAGGGGCACCAACAACGCUUUUCAGGCGAAGACGGGUUCAGCCCUUGCUCUGCUUUAUGGGACCUCUGCUACAUUGGAGCACCACCACUUCAACCAUGCUGUUAUGAUCCUGCAGAGCGAGGGUCACAAUAUCUUCUCCAACCUGUCGUCCACAGAGUACAGCAACCUCAUGCAGCUGUUGAAACAGUCAAUUCUGGCCACAGACCUCACACUUUACUUUGAGAACAGAAACACCUUUUUUGAGCUGGUCAGCAAUGGAGAGUACAAUUGGAAUGUGAAGGAUCAUAGAGACAUGUGCAGAUCCAUGAUGAUGACAGCGUGUGAUCUUGGUGCUGUCACUAAACCCUGGGAAAUAUCAAGAAAGGUGGCAGAGUUGGUGACCAGCGAGUUCUUCGAGCAGGGCGACAGAGAGAGAUCGGAGCUGAAGCUCACGCCCUCUGCCAUCUUUGAUCGGAACAGGAAGGACGAGUUGCCAGGGCUUCAGCUGGAGUGGAUUGAUGGAAUUUGUGCGCCGCUGUACGAGACUCUGGUCAAGUUGAAUCCCAAACUUCAGCCCAUGGUUGACAUGAUCAAAGCGAACAGGGCCAAGUGGGAGGAACUGAAUAUGAAGAGACAAUGUGGCCAGAGCGUUUCUGCACCCACAAGCCCAUGCAGCAGCGACAGCACAGAAACCAGUGGCUGCACCGUGGCCAAAACUGGCAGCACACCCUGCUGCAGCGGCGAUGCUGAUGGCACAACACCUAAACCUGUUAGUUAGCUUCUGUUGCCACCUCCAGGCUGAUCACUUAGGCUUAUUUCCUCUUAAAUGCAGCCUGCAACAGAGGCAGUACAGUGCAUGCAGAGAUUCUUGGGCUCUGCUCCUCUUUGCUUUUGCUACUAAGGAUGAGCUUUAGACUUGAGUGCGGCGCUAUCGUAGGGGUUUUUCUGCUCCCUUCAGUCUCCCUGCGCUGAAGGCUGACAGAGCCGUGUUUGGCAGGCUUGUCGGAGCAGCUACAAAUCAGCUGAUGACACCAUGUCAGAAAGGAAACUUAAACCACUGUGUCAACAUGUCAACCAGUGAACUGACACUAACUAUUUGGGGCAUUGCACAGAUUUUCAGCACAACAAGGUAUGAAGAAUAUUGGAGAGGUGUGUUUGUCUCUGCCGUGGUUGGUUUUGCUCUCGGUACCUCCUUGUUGCUCGCAUUUUGUCCGGGGUAACAGAGAUAUUUUUUUUGUAAAUUUGUACAUAGGCUAUUGAGUUAUUUACAAGUGCUCUGAGCUCUGGAUUGUAAUGUGGCUGUAGAGUUGCUGAAGGAUAAAGGGGUGCAGGACCUGUGACAGUGCUUGCAAUGCAAAUUGAGUGCUCCACUCUCUCCCUGUGCCUUGUUUUAAGAUCCUAAUGAAAAAUGCAUGGCCUCCUCACAGAGAUUCUUAGAUAGUAUGGAAACCCAUGUUGAACCACUAUGUAUUUUUGCCAUAAUUUGUAAAAACCAAUGACUGUAGUUUUGUCUUGAUCCCAUGUUUAGCCACAAAGCAUUAACAUUAUAUACAAGAAAUCUACUUUGCCCAGUUUUAUAAAUGCAGGGUCUCAUUUGUCACACACACAAUGUGCCUUGAUAAAGUUGUUCUGGUAUCACAUGAAUUUCUACAGAAAAAAUAGUUUAAUCUACUGAUUUAACACCGACAGCUCAAACAUAAAGCAUAGUAAUAUAACUCAUUAUGAAACUACAUUGAUCAAAAUUUUCGGAAAUACAGUGGUGGAGAGUCAGAUAAGAUCAGUCCCACUCUUUCUGUCCAUAACACGUGAAGCUACAGUCAGCAGCCAGUUAGCUUAGCUUAACAUAGCAUAAAGCCUGGCAACAGCUAGCCCAGCUCCGUCCAAAGGAAAUAAAAUCGAUCUACCAGUAACUCUGAAGCUCAUUAAGAUUUCAACUUGCAGGAUUUUGUUGCCGUUGGACAGAGGCAGGCUAGUUUCUCCAACUGUUGGCUAGCUGUAGCCACGUAAAAGGGUAUAGAUAUGAGACUUCUCGUUUCAUCAUACCUCUCCCCAGAAAGUGAAGUGCAUUUCGUAAAAUGUCAGAGUUUUGCUUUAAUUAAAUUUUUAGCCUUUUCUCAAAGCUCACAAAUGCUACUUAAAGAAGAUACGGAGAGUGCUGAAGUGCCCAUGUAGUCACAAGGUAUUACUUUAAAAAAAAAUUCUGGGGGGAGCUUAUGAGUUGUGUUGUAGCUUUGUUGCUUGGAGGUGGAGUGUAAAAUGUGACUGUGCACUUUGUGUGGCAUUGAUCUGUGUGCUUUACUGUAUUUUAGUUGAGGAGCUGAAUUGAAGUCAAGCUGAAGAAUUUUGAAUUGCAUGUUUUAUGCAGUAUUAAAUUCAACCACUUGCUGAGGAUGUAGCAAACGUGAGCCAACAAAUACCUCGUAUUUUGAACUUCAUCAGUAAACACAGAAUCUCAUCGAAAAUGCAUGACUUAAAUUCUCUUCUAUUGCAUCAUGUUACGUGAAUUAUGAAUAUCGCUGUUCUAUUUUUCUAUUAGGUCUCCAAAUGUGGCCGACUUCUACUCGUCUUUUUUGCAGUGUUAUGUGCUUCUUGCAUUUCUUCUCUCUGUUUGGACUCUGAAAUUUAUGUAUGGUGGGCUAAACUGAAAGAAACCUAAGGCAUGAAAAUGCAAAUGUGCAAUGUUUCUGUUCAGAGUUUAAAUAAAAAUAUGCUGCUACAUGUGCUCUGAUUUA